AUGACACAACACGAGGCGAAGGCCGUGGUUGCGGCAUGCAGUCAGAAGUCUGUGUGUCCUGGCGCUUCUCUUGUUUGCUUUGGUGGUGGUGGUAGUAGUGGUGGUGGUGGUGGGCAUCAAGACGUACAGCCCACGAAUCGCAGCCUGAUGGCGAUAUCCACCACCGUCACCUCGGGCCCGUUCGCCAUGCGUGAAAAAAAAAAUUGUGCCGCCGCGGCCGUUGAGUUGCUGCCUCCCACGACAGGUGGCCCACGGAAGCGUCAGACGUUUAGGUGUCGGCGAGCGGGGGCCAUGGCCUAUGACUGCUGCUCUACUACUGCUAUCAUCGCUAUUACUUACAUGGUGCAGGUAUGCAGUGCAAAGGCAGCAGUUAGCAGGAGACGACCCGAACACCACGGUGGCGGUGACAACGUCGGCGGCGAAAGCGGGCUGGGAUGCAGAUGGCAAGGGCAUGGAUGCGGGCGCGUGUGCAAUUGCAAUCGUCACUCGGGGCUCGCAGCCCACCCACCACCCCCAAGCGCUCGGCACGUCGUUCUGGGCUCGGUGGAAUUGCAUAAGCAAGAGCCCACCCUGUCGUCUUGGGAUGCAUCACCUCCGACCGCCAGCCCCUGUGCCGCUGGCCCAUUGGCUGCUGGCCGCUCCAUCGCCUUGGUGACGCUUUGCUGCUCGCCCAUGGCACGGCAAUGUAUGGCUUCAGGCACCACACGAUUCGCCUGGGUCACACAGCGCGGCCACCCGGACCCCGUGGGCCAUGAUUGCCGCCGCCUGACGUGGCGUCAAUUUGCAUCUUGUUUGGAGCCAUGUCGACGAGAUUGCCUUCAAUUUGACGCCCGCCUGCCGCCGGGUGCGGUGAGGGUGGGCGGGCAGCUAGAAGGAAAAAAUCUCAUGGAACAUGCGGCAGCCCUUAGUCGAUUGGCUAGCCAGCCUGUCACUCUGCUACUGGCCCCUUUGGGACUAGCCCCGCGCCCCGGCACGUGA